CUUGUGGUUACCAUGAGUAGACAUCUUGAUCUCAAGCAAUCGUUCGUGAAUGCUCGGAUACCUACAAUUACGCGAUGAAGUCCUCUCGUUGUGGGGCAAUGUGCGGCGCCGCUUUGGUACUAGCGGCGCUACUUGGCCUGUGCAAUGCGUAGCUCUAGCGCCCACACAGCCGGCUCGAAUUCAAGCGAGCUCUCCAGCCCACGACAUCAACUGACUUUAGGUAUCCCACAUCUACAGUACGUGCCCCGAGCAGUUCGCAUUGCGGAAGAAGCCUAGUCACUCACACGUCCUCAGAAUCAGCCCAACAUGGUCAAGAAGCGAGCAUCCAACGGUCGUAACAAGAAGGGCCGCGGCCACGUCAAGCCCAUCCGCUGCUCCAACUGCUCGCGAUGCACUCCCAAGGACAAGGCGAUCAAGAGAUUCACCAUCCGCAACAUGGUCGAGUCCGCCGCCAUCCGUGACAUCUCUGAUGCUUCCGUCUUCCCCGAGUACACUGUCCCCAAGAUGUACCUUAAGUUGCAGUAUUGCGUGUCCUGCGCUAUCCACGGCAAGAUCGUGCGCGUCCGUUCCCGCGAAGGCCGCCGCAACCGCGCUCCCCCGCCUCGCGUUAGGUUCAACCGUGACGGAAAGAAGGUCACACCUCAGGUUGCUGCCAAGACAUCCUAGAUUGUCACCAUGUCGGGCUUAGGAGGACGUUGAGCAAGGACAUGGAGAGGCGUCAAAGCCACAGACUGGCUGUGGGAUCAUGUCAAAAAUGUAUACCACAUGCUUCAGCACACCGGCAAUUCAGUCUCUGCGCGGUUCUGCCAUUGAGUCUUGUUUGUCCGUCAUAGAGGCGCAACUCGUAGCCUUCAAGAUUGAUGAGGCAAUUCGAUACGAAGAAGAAUGAAAUCACUCAAUACAGUUCCAAAACCAUCACUAAUGAGUACACCUGCGAUAUGGAAGAAGGCCACAAGAUCCAGUGCAAUCCAAAGAUGUCUCCUAGUAUGCAGAUAGCUCGUGCGAAGUACAGUAUAGCAGGAGUAAGUAAUCAAUGUAGAUCCUUAAAUAUUCUUCUUCUAGCAGCACCUCUCU